AUGAAACCAUUGAGGGUACAAAUUAACUUGAAACAGUUCGUGGUAGGGAGGGGCAGCGAGACCACGUUUGUCGACGCCUUCGAGAUGCAGGAAGCCAUAAUCCAAUACCUCGGGGAUGUUGAUACUACUUGCGAGGGUGGAGCCCUAUUGAAUGUAAUUGAUAACUUAGUGCUAAUCGGUGAAUAUGAAAAUAAUCUGGAAAAGUUUGGCCACACUCUGAAAAAGUAG